AUGCAGCCUCUUGCUGCCAUGGCCCUGCUCAUUGAUGGUAUACUAUCCCCUGAGGGUACUUCUAGGCUAAUAGCAGCCAGUGAUCCCGGUCAGUUCAUCAGUGAUUGCACCCGACCUAGACAUAGUGGGACUCAGCAGGGUUCCCAGUUCCGCACCCCGAGGACUCAAGCAUCUUCUGGUAGCCAGGGUGGUUCUUUAGUGAGAGGCGGUGCUCAGUCAAGCCAUGGUGGUUCACAUUCGUCCAGGGGUGGAUAUCAGUCUGGUAGGGGUGGUUCCCAGGUCUUCAGGGGAGAAGCGCAGUCAGGCCAGAGUGGCCUUGAUGCAAUUUUAAUCAUUUUAUCUUCCCUCCAAUUCUUUCCCCAAAUAAUUAACUAUUCCCUCCAAAUUAUCAAAAAAUCUAAAAUAACAAAUUCUCUCAAUCAGAACCCUUACGCUCAAUCUCCAGCCGCGGUUAUCUCAAUCUCCUCUGCUGCUAUCUCAAUCUCCAGUCGCGGGUACUUUGGUAUUUUGAAAUCAUAUGUUCGUAAUCGGGCAUGCCCAGAAGGUUCAAUAGCAGAAGCUUACAUCGCAAAUAAGUGUUUGACAUUUUGCGCACGAUAUUUGGAAGGUGGUGAUUCAAGGUCUUAUUGGUCGAGAAAAAGUGAUGAUGAGAUUGAGAAUCUGACUGAUAGAGAAGGAUGUCUUUUUCCUUCUGUUGGGGAGCCUUGUGGCGUGAUAGAUGUAUUUGACUUGGAUGAUAAAACAUGGUUGCAAGCACAUCGACAUAUCCUUUUCAAUUGCGAAUCAGAGGUGGUUGAGAAUUAUAAAAAUGAACAUAUUGCUGAAAUCAAGAGAUUAUAUCGUAAGAGUCGUCUUAGACCUCAUCAACUUGAGCGUUUGCAUUUUGAUACGUUUCAUGAGUGGUUCAAGGAGCAGGUGAAGGAGUUGGAGGACACAUCUAACAUCCCAAAGGAUGUUCUAUUCCUUGCAAAAGGGCCAGCUUACGUUGCAAGAAGAUUCAAUGAGUUCAAUAUAAAUAAUGGCUACCGAUUUCGAACAAAACAAUGUGAGGAGUUCAUGAAGACACAAAAUAGUGAUGUUAUGGUCGUUUCAAAGACUGAAAGUUAUGCAAGUACAAGUGACAAUGCUCCGAAGUCUGCCAAUAUCACCUAUUAUGGUCGAUUGAAUGAUAUUAUGGAGUUAAAUUACUAUGAAGAAUUUAAAGUUGUCUUAUUUAAGUGUGAUUGGGUUGAUGUAACCAAAGGUAGAGGAGUUAAGGAAGAUGAAUUAGGUUUCACACUUGUGAACUUCUCACACUUUAUAGACUCUGGCAAUCGAGGAAGUGAUGAGCCUUUUAUUUUUGCAAACCAAGCUCAACAAGUAAUAUUUGUGCAAGAUCCUAAAGAUCGUGAAUGGUUUGUACCUAGGCCAAUUAAACCUCGAGACAUUUUUGAUAUGGGAGAGAAAAAUAGUAUGCAGUUUGAGUCAUCAAUGCAAAGUGAUGCCACUGACUUAAUAAUAUUAGAAAAUGUUUGUGAUACAGAAUAUGAGUGUAACGAUUGGGUAAGAAGCGAUGUUGAUGGGAUAGAAAUUCAUGUGCCAGAUUCUCAAACUCCUCCAAAUAAAGGUGAAGCAGAUGUUGAUGGAGGAAAUGACAUUGAAGAUGAAAGUGAUAAUGAAUAAAAUGGGUGCUAGUUAUAAAAUAUUUAAUUCUUUUUAGUUUUAUUGAAUUACUUAUAGGGAUGUGGUAUUUAUUUGAUUUUGAACAGUGAAUAAGAUAUAAUUUGUAUUGUUAAUUAAAGUCACAUAUUAGAGAACAUGCAUCUUAGUCAACUACAAAUUAUCAUAUAUGUAUUAGUGGUUUAUCCAAUAUUUGAAUGAAUUCUCUAUGCGUGCUUUUACUUAUAUUUUGUUGAUGUUGCCUUUGUAUUUUGAGACACUGAUAUGAUCUUAUCAUCGGAUAGUAAUUUUGUUUUCUGGUGCGUAAAUAUCUCAUAACUUGUGAAGUAUCUUUAUAGCAAGGCUUUAAGUAAUUAGUUCAAUUUUGAGGUGGACCAAUGCGAACUAGAGCUGGAAGCAGAUUUGAAACUGAACAACAUGAUGAUGAAGUUGUACGACUUUAUAUGGAGCAAUUGAUGAAUGGUCAAGACUACUCUCAAGCUGAAACACAUGAUGGUCAAUCUAAUGAAUUGAGAAUAACUGACACUGAGGAGCAACAAAAUGAUGAAUCAGAUACUUCGGAAAAAAAAGAAGGUUCGUGGGCCCACAUUACUAAAAGAAAUUUGGAAGUUGCCUCCAGGGAAUACAAUCGCUGUGCAGUUCAAUAGUCGUAACCAAGCCAUUAAGAAAGAUGGUCGCAAGCUUGAAAGCUUUCUAGGAUUUGUUGCUAGAACUCCAGAACUAACGCCGUUACAUAUACAUGAUUGGAGAAGCUUUGACAAAGACGAAAAGAAGAAAUUGGUAGAGUUUGUGAGAAAGAAGUUUUCUAUACCAACCCAUGGAGAAGAGUUUGUCAUAAAGUCAAUAGGAAAGAAAUGGAAAGAUUACAAAUGUGAUUUAAAAAGUGUUUAUCUGACAAAAUUUAAGACCAAAGAUGUGUUGUUGAAGAAUAAACCGAAUCGUAUACCAAGGGAUCAGUGGACUGGUCUAGUUUCCUAUUGGGUUUCAGAAAAAGCUAAGAGGCGCAGCCAAACAAACAUAAACAAUAGGGCGAAGCAAAAGAUGCCACACACAGGAGGAUCAAAAAGUAUUGCCACCUUGAUGGAUGAGAAGGCUGAAAAUGGGGUUGAACCUACACGAGCAUAGGUUUUUAUAUUAACUCAUAGACCACAUAAGGAUGGUAGACCACUCGAUGAGGAGUCUUCGAAGACAAUUGACAUGAUCAAUGAAAAGUUGUGUAAUAGUGAGGGAUCAAAUGAGCAACCUCCUCGCUCUGUUGCUUGGGAAGGGGAUGUGUAUUGCCAAGUGUUGGGAAAUGAAAAAACUGGUUAUGUUCGUGGUUUAGGACUAGGUCCAACUCCUUCUGUACUAUGGGGUAGUAGAUCUUUUGGAAAUAAUGUUGAAGAGGACUCAUCCAAUGAGAUUGUAAAAAGGUUAGAACAAGAGGUAACAAAGUUAAAGGACAUAAACGGAAAACAAAAUGAAGAACUGAGUUUGGUAAAACAAAAUCAAGAGAAGUUGCUAUCUGAAUUAGCAUGGCUGAGAAAAGCCAUGAGUAGAAAUGCUCCUAAUGAGUUAUCUAUACAUCAGAAUAUCAAUGGAAUUUCUGAUGACCAGGUUCCCGAUGCCAAGAGUGGCCAUGAACGGGGACAACAAUCACCACAUAUGUUGUUUAAAGGACAGAGUGUUGCUGAAAAUAUUCCAUCUUCUCACGGUCAUACAGUAUGAUGUUCGAAUACUAUGUGGAAAAUUUCAAUAUUAUGAAGAGUUGCUGGAAUUGUUGGAGGGCUAUGCAUUUAGAAACUUGUUAUUGCUAGUAUUUGACAGGAAUUGUUACAAUGACCUUAGUUAUUUAGUUUAAACACAUUAUAUUAUCUUUUAGUUCGCUAGUUACAUUAGUGUUAUGAGUUAGUACUUGCUUUUGUUUAUCUAGAGUUAAUGAAGUGUAUUGCACUUUAAUGAAUUAUAAUAGUGUGUUUUAUGAGCAUUUACCAUUAUAA